AGUAUUCUGUACUUGAUUAGUGUUUCAAAAAUGCUUGGAGAAAAGCUAGUUUUUCUUUAGUUUAUUAAUUUUUUUUUAAAAAAGUGCUUUUGACUUCUCAUAAGCUUGGCCAAAUGGGCUAUAAUUAUCUCAAUUUCCACCACACUUGGUUGUUUCAUUUGCAGAGUGAGAAGAAAACCUAUGCAACACUUAGCAGGGAUUUUGUGGAGAAGAAUCGAGAGUUAAGGCAACUUCAUGGAGAAGAGCUGCAAGGACUUGGGUUGGAUGAAUUAAUGAAAUUGGAGAAAUUAGUAGAGGGAGGAAUAAGCCGUGUCCUCAAAAUUAAGGAUUCGAAAUGAGGCCCUGACUGUGAUGGGCAUCCCGAACCAUGAAGGCCCGAGAGACCCCUUAGCAUGUAAUCAUAAGCAUAACUCAUACGCUAUAAAUGUGCGGAAGAUAAAUUGAAAAUGCAAAGGAAAUUUAUAAUACAAAUAGUGUCAACAAAA